UAGUUGAGUGACCAAUUGAGAAAUUGCAAAAGAUGAGUACUAGUCAUAAAGCUCAUUGUUUGAUCUUGCCAUUUCAAGGCCAAGGUCAUAUCAACCCAAUGCUCCAAUUCUCCAAACGUUUACAAUCCAAACGUGUUGAAAUCACUAUAGCACUCACAAAAUCUUUUUUGAAAAACAUGAAAGAAUUGCCAACUUCUAUGUCAAUCGAGGCCAUAUCUGAUGGCUACGAUGAUGGUGGUUUCCACCAAGCAGGAACUUUCGUAGCCUACAUAACGCGAUUCAAAGAAGUUGGCUCGGAUACUCUGUCUCAGCUUAUUCAAAAAUUAGCAAAUAGUGAAUGCCCUGUAAAUUGCAUAGUAUAUGAUCCAUUCCUUCCUUGGGCUGUUGAAGUGGCAAAGAAUUUUGGAUUAAUUAGUGCUGCAUUUUUCACACAAAAUUGUGCAGUGGAUAAUAUUUAUUACCAUGUACAUAAAGGGGUAAUAAAACUUACACCUACUAAAAAUGAUGAAGAAAUAUUAAUUCCUGGAUUAUCAUGUACAAUUGAGAGUUCAGAUGUACCUACUUUUGUUAUUAGUCCUGAAGCAGAAAGAAUACUUGAAGUGAUGGUAAAUCAAUUUUCAAAUCUUGACAAAGUGGAUUGGGUCCUAAUCAACAGCUUCUAUGAGUUGGAGAAACAGGUAAUUGAUUAUAUGUCCAAGAUAUAUCCAAUCAAGACAAUUGGACCAACAAUACCAUCAAUGUACUUAGACAAGAGACUACAUGAUGACAAAGAGUAUGGUCUUAGUAUCUUCAAACCAAUGACAAAUGAAUGCCUAAAUUGGUUAAACCAUCAACCAAUUAACUCAGUGGUGUAUGUAUCAUUUGGAAGUAUAACCAACUUAGAAGCUGAGCAAAUGGAAGAAUUGGCAUGGGGUUUGAAGAAUAGCAACAACAACUUCUUGUGGGUUGUUAGGUCUACUGAAGAAUCCAAACUUCCCAAGGACUUUUUAGAGUUCAAAAAAAAAGGGAUAGUUAGAAGAGAAGUUAUUGAAGAAUGUAUAAAAUUAGUGAUGGAAGAAGAGAAAGGAAAAUUAAUUAGGGAAAAUACAAAGAAAUGGAAAGAAUUGGCUAGAAAUGUUGUGGAUGAAGGAGGAAGUUCAGAUAAAAAUAUUGAAGAAUUUGUUUCCAAGUUGGUUACUAUAUCCUAA